AUACAUUAAAGAUACAGUACAUAUGAAGCAACUACAAAUGCAAUGCGAUGUGAUUCACUCCCAUUGUGAGGCAGUGCGAUUUGACACGACUUGAUUCAACACAAUGCAAUUUAACAUGAUACGAUGCGAUGAAAAAUGUGAUGCAAUUCAAUAUGACUUGGAUGCAGAAAGAGAGGGGGAGUCAAUCUAAGCAGGAAAUUAUUGGUUGAAAAUGAUUUGUUACAUUUCUGCAUGAUAAAGGCACAGGGGCUCUUUUCAUAACUAUAUGUUUACUGAUGCAAAGAUAAUAGAAACAAUGAAUCCAGAGUUUAUCCCAAAUUGUAUCCGGUUCACACCAUAAUGGUCAUAGAAGUGUUAUGAAGGCAGUACCCCCCAAUUAUGGAGGGGUAAUUCGCACUCUGCUGACAAGUACACCUUGCUGCAGCCUGCGGGAUGGGGGGGCAAGAUGUGGGCAGAGCGAGAUGUUAAUCAGUUACCAUGCAUAUAUCAGUGCAAUGACCUUAAUGAUACCACAGGUGGGUCAGGGGAUCAUAUCACAAGUUUUUAAGAUUAUUUUCAUUUUCAUUUUUUGCCCAUUCGACAAUGUCCCAGUUGAGGAUAUUUAUCAUCAGUUUUUUUCUGGUACCUGUUUCUGCAGGUAAGUUUACAAUUUUAUUAUGUGCAGUAGUGUCUUUACAGAGUUUUUUUUCCAGUGACGAGGUAGGAUGGUGAUUUAAGUAAGUUUACUCGAGGAAGGUGUUCGUAAGGCAUGAUGGCUAGUUGGUGAGCACUGUUGUCGAAUGCCGUGAGUUUGAUUCCUGUUCCAGCUUUGGAGUUUGCAUAUUGUUAAACUUUCAGGCCGAGUUGUGGUAUGCCUUCUCUCGCACGAUUAAAGUUCCCAUUGCUUGCCGAGCCAAACAUUCCGAAGCCCGUGUUUAAUUUUACCGUUAUUAAUGAGUUACUUUCCUGAUAUACACCAUAUAGGAAGAAGACUUGCAAUUUUCCAAUGAUUGUUUUGUUGUCGUGUUUUUUUUACUUUCAUUUUAAUUUCUUUCACUUCCGGCAGUUGCGCAGUUGAAAAGAAUGUUUACCAUGAAUUUUAUAAUUUUCUGUCAUCUAUUGCUAUAGAUAAGUGAAAAUACAUGCGUCAGUCCACCUUACAAACUGCUUAUAGUGAACAUGAUCGCGACUGGAAAAGGGACGGUGGGAUCAAAUCUUAAAAUAAUGAUACAACAAAUGUGGGCUGUAACAGCUUAGCUUUCUGCCGUACUCACUCUUUAUGGUAUUACAUAACACUUACUACAAGUGGAACUGAGUCUUCAGAGUUUUAUAUUGUCGGCAAAGUAGAUGAUAUACCUAUUGAAACCUUCAGAUCUGAAGAUGAGUGUCCUCAGUACUGGAAACUAAGCAGUGAUACCCAGGAUUUUGUCAACUUUAGGAAACAUCUUAUAUUGGGUGUUAAGAAAAACAUGAAUAAUCACAUUCGGAGGAUAAUGCCACAUUUUAACCAUACAGGACUUUACACCCUCCAGAGACUGGCAGGUUGUGAACUGGAUGACGAUGAAACAGGAAGAGUUGGAGUUUGGGAGGCUUAUGACGGACAACAGUUUCUGGACACGGCUGAGGGCUCUGGAUCCUGGAAUCUUCCCACAAAUCAGAGCAAAAUUGAAAAGUUCUCCAGUGACUUAAUGUCUGCAAUUACCGUAACAUUGCGAGCUCAAGAAUGCUUUCAUUUCUUGAAGAUGUAUGUCACAGAGGGGAAGAACAUCCUAAACAGACGACAGAAGCCAAAGACACGAAUUCUGUUUAAAGACAGUGACACUGGAAAGAAGGUGACAUGCUUGGCUACUGGCUUCUACCCAAGACACAUCAACAUGAGUCUGCUGAGAGACGGACAGCCUGUACCACUGGAGCAGCUGGAAGGGGGGGAUGUGCUUCCCAACGGGGAUGGGACAUACCAACAGAGAAAGAGUCUGACUGUCAGUCCUGAAGAAGAGAGGAAAAACUACACAUGUAUUGUGGAACAUGUCAGUUUGGACAACAAAAUGGACAUAAUCUGGGUUGACGACUAUCUAGUACCAAGUCGCCGCUGGGUCUUUAUUGGAGCUGUGAUUGGGACUGGAUUUUUGAUGGUUAUUGUAGUAGUGAUAAAAAUAUGGAGAAACCACCAGUAUACCUUGUGAAGUGAUUAUGAUAUGCAAUAAUGCUGAAAAACCUGAUUGAAAUGUAGGAAAAACAAAAACGUCUAACACCUUGCUGUUAUUGUAUUAAAACAUGAUCGAAUUGCCCAGUUAUUGGUUAAACCCGUUCACAUGGGGACCGAUAAGCCAGUAACCCCACUUCGUAGUACAGGCCCCGGGUCACCUGAUGCAGCACUCCAUCACUCUCCUUCUUGGUCAGAUAGCCCUUACAUAGCUUCUGAUGCAGCACUCCAUCACUCUCCUUCUUGGUCAGAUAGCCCUUACAUAGCUUGGAGGUGUGUUUCGGGUCAUUGUCCUGUUGAAAAACAAAUGUGUGUGUGAGUGAAAUAAUGCACUGGAACUUCUGUC